AACGAACGCACACCAGAGCGAAGGGAGGCCAAUUAUGACAACGAAGAGACUAGACGCGCAGUCCUGUACUAGCUCUUGUGCGUUUAGUCCUUAAUUUUGAGUGUUUGGUGAUCUACUUACGUGAUUUUCCUUGCAGCUAUCGAGUUUGACUUGUUUUGUGAGCAGCAACUUCGCAAGAUUUAAUACCGCAUUCAUGAUGUUUGUUUAGUGGCACUUUUCCUGUUGCCGAACCAGCAGAAAGGUUUUCAUCUCCCCAUGUCGUCUAAGUAACCACCGAGCCGAUUUGUGAAGCGACCGAAUCACGACCUGCCAAAAACAUUGUGGCUCCAGUCCGACAUUUUUACCGGAGGUUUUUAUCGCAAAAGAAAGCACACAGCAGCUAUCCAGGAAAAAAAGUGUGUAAGUGUAACUUUCUUUGAGGAACAGCGUCACAAAUUUGCUCUACAUGACAGAGAAAACCUGUCAUGCAUCGUUUGUAAGGGAAAACACACAUGAAAAGAGGACAUCAUGGCUGUCUGGCAUGACAGGUGUAACUCUGUUGCAUCUUCUGCAACACAAAUUUACACUGACACAGUUUUUUUCUUGCAUAGCAGCUGCAACAUCAUGGGCGCCGCCACCUCGGCCUGCUGCUCCAUUGACAAAGUGGACGAGCAAAAAUCGGUGUUUGUCACUUCUGGUGAAGGUUGGGACGCGGGGCGAGCGUAUAAAUUUAGUUUGCAAUCAUGACGUACUUCUUCUACGAAGUAGUUGCAGUCACAUUUCUCAUCGAUCUAGAACAAAAAUAGCAAACACCGAGGGUAUGACGGCAAAAGGUUCACUCUGUACAGCAUACACGCACAGAAGUGUUUUUCACUACCAGAAAGUGCUCUUUCACGAUGGUAUUUGGGUCGCAAUGCAGUCACCUGUUGCAGCUUGAUUUAGCUAUGAUUUGAAAAAGCGGCAAAAGCCUUUGUUACAACAUCCGAGAUGAAAAUAAACGCGAAUUAUCUCAGGGCCCUGUACAACAGCCAGCAAGCCGGCUCACCGUCCACCUCUUCGACUUACGAUCCAAUAACACGAACCGGCUACAUCGAGCGGAAAUUCCCGGAUGGCGGCUUUUUCCGGGGGUACUUGAAGCUGGGGAUGCGGAGCGGGUUUGGAAGCUACGUUUACCCCGACCAGAGCUCGGUUUUCGAAGGGCAGUGGCAAGACGACAAGUGCGACGGACAAGGGAAAUUGAGGGACGACGAAUCAGA